AUGUUCAAUGGUGCCACGCUUGGAUAUUGUGCCUUGAAGCUCAUGUUCAAUGGUGCCACGCUUGGAUCUUGUGCCUUGAAGCUCAUGUUCAAUGGUGCCACGCUUGGAUCUUGUGCCUUGAAGCUCAUGUUCAAUGGUGCCACGCUUGGAUAUUGUGCCUUGAAGCUCAUGUUCAAUGGUGCCACGCUUGGAUCUUGUGCCUUGAAGCUCAUGGUCAAUGGUGCCACACUUGGAUAUUGUGCCUUGAAGCUCAUGUUCAAUGGUGCCAUGCUUGGAUCUUGUGCCUUUGAAGGCCUGGUGUGA